AGAAGAGCUGCAGUUUAUGGAUAAUAAAAGUGACGCGUCUGUUGAUUUUUGAUCAUUUCCAGUCGCUGCGAGGUGAAACUCCUCUCUGGCAACAUGGCGGCAGCUGGGCCGGUGAAGGUGUACCUGGACCUGUUGUCGCAGCCAUGCCGCGCGCUGCACAUCUUCCUCAACUGCGUUCGAAUCCCGCACAACGUCCACACGGUGGCUCUGAGGAAAGGGGAGCACAGGACUGAAGACUUCACUAAAUUGAAUCCCAUGCAGAAGGUUCCUGUCAUGGUUGAUAAUGGCUUUGUCCUCACUGAGAGUGAUGCCAUCCUGAAGUACCUGGCCAACCAGUAUGAUGUCCCAGAGCACUGGUAUCCGCGACAGCCAGAGAGACGAGCCAGAGUGGACGAAUACACAGCCUGGCAUCACAGCUACACACGACCACAUGCUGCUAAAGUCUUCAUUCUGGAGUUUCUGCUCCCAGCUCAGUCGGGCUCUCCGGUGGACGAGGUGCACCUGAAUCGGGCUCUGUCUCAGCUCGAUGACACGCUGGACAAGCUGGAGUCCAUGUACCUUCGCAGGCAGCCGUUCCUCUGUGGGGACGACAUCUCCGUGGCUGAUCUGCUCGCCGUCUGCGAGCUCAUGCAGCCUAUGGGGGGUGGCAGAGACGUCCUGCUCGAUCGUCCUAAGCUGCAGAUGUGGAGGAGCAGAGUUCAGGCGGCUGUCGGGGACGCCUUCGACAAAGCUCACGCAGUUCUGUACGGCGUCAGGGACCGCCAAAAGGCCAAGCUAUGACAUGAUCACAGGGCGGGUCCACUGCAGUGACACGGAGGGGCAUCGUCGAGAGCCACCCUGAAGGAGGAGCCCAUCGUCUUCAUCAUAAUCAUCUUCGUCAUCAUCGUUUAACUAUAAUCUGGUUGAUCGUGACACAUGGAUCAUGGCUGUCUUUAGGCAUUAGUGUCCUGACUACUACAACAAAUGUUUUAUUCAUAUCUUUGGAUGUAAAAUUUUUUAAUUUAUUAAAUAAUCAGCUGAU